CACUCUGCUGUAUUGAUAGAGGAGAUAUAAACCCACUGAGAAGAGGGCAACAACACAGUCAGACUUGAUGCCACUCUAGUCGACACACACUUUCAUGAGCUAAUGGAUGCUUUGCGAGUUCUCCUUGUCGUGGUGAUAUCCACAUCUGAAUGGAAAUCAGAGGCAUCCGUGUCUGGCUGUAAGGACUUUGACAGAGAUACGUUUAACCUUCUUGAAGGUGAAGCGUUUUAUUUUGUGCCCUACAGUAUGAACAAGCCGAACCGCCACGAUGAAGAGUUUACGUGGUACAGAAGUAGCCCCCAGUUUAAGAAUAUUUCCUCUAAAGAGACGGAGCGGGUGCAUUAUCAUGGUGGUGCGCUCUUUUUGUUAGACGUCCUCCCUGAUGAUGCUGGCAAUUACACCUGCCAGGAAAUCAGGCCAACAGGUAAAUGUUUUAACCAUCAUGUGGAAAUUGGUGUCUUCAGUACAAGCUAUCGGGAGGAUGAGAAACUCACCUAUGGAGAAAUCGAAGACUCUGAUGAUAACAAAGAAAUCGCGUGUCCACGUGUUGUCAGUAACACAUGCGAAACGCUGACGGGAAACUUCACCUGGUACAAGGACUUCAGUCUUCUACCAGGUGAGCAUGAAGCUGAAAUGUGGGUGGAGAAUGCCACCAAAGAUGAUGAGGGCAUCUACACCUGCAUCUGCACCUGGAGACACUUUCACAAGGUGUACAACUCGUCAGCCUCCCGGAGGUUAAUAGUUCUGGACAAAGACAUCAACAGUGAUGUAGAUAUCCUCUCGCCGACCAAUAAAGUGCAGUUUGCCGAUGAAGGCCGUCCAAUCAAGUUAAAUUGCUCAGUUUACUGUGGGAAAAACGUAGCAGGGCGCUGUGAUGCCCGCUGGAAAAUUAAUGGAAUCUCUGUCAGCGACAUCCACUCAGAUAGAUAUAAUCAAACCACCAAAACAGUAAUUGAGAACCCUUCAAUGAAUACCAUCACCACUGCGAUCCUGACCAUUGGAAAAGUGUCUGCCAAAGAUUUCGAGGAUGAGUUUGAAUGCAUCGGCAUUGGCUUUUACUCAGUAAAGCGUACCACUUUAACCCUUAAGCAGAGAGAGUCAAUAAUUCCACUGGUCAUUGGAGGAGUGUUUGUGUUGUUCUUCUGUGUCUUUGCUGCCAUGCUGGUCAAGUGCUUUGCCAUCGAUCUGGCCCUCUUCUUCAGACCCUACCUCCCACUGAGCAAACACAAUGAAGAUAAUAGGGUCUAUGAUGCCUAUGUGGUCUAUCAGACGCAGAAAAUGGACAAGGCCACCGAGGAAACACUAUCUCGGUUCGUCACAGACACUUUGCCGUCUGUCCUCGAGAAUAAGUGCGGAUAUCGACUCUUCAUCCACGGGAGAGAUGAUAUACCAGGGGAAGAUCGUCUGGAGCUGGUGGAAGACUGCAUGAAGCAGAGCAGGAGGCUGAUGGUCAUCCUCACCCCUGGUUCAGGAUCAGGGUCUGAGAUCCCAGACCAAUGUCCAACGUCACCCCAAGCCGCAGUACUAGGAGGCUUUGACUGGCAGGUGGGGCUCCACCAUGCGCUGAUCCAGAGGGAGAUGAGUGUGAUUCUGAUUCAGCUGGGGGACACCGGGCCACAAGGAUACACUAACUUCCCCCCUGGCUUGCAGCACCUGAUCCUUAAGAGUGCCCCCUUAAAGUGGCCGGAGAGUUCGCGUGGCGCUGCAGCCUGGAACUCCCGCUUCUGGAAGAGAGUUCGAUACCUGAUGCCUGCUACGCCGGCCAAAAAAUGUGCACAGUCCGCUAUUGUCUGAAAGUUUGUGGACUCUUACAAAUUCACAAACAAUAAGUAUGUAAAGAAAAAAUCCUGAGAAAAUGAGUUAUUUAUGUGUUAGAAUGAUGCAGAGAGUGUUUACAUGAGUUUACAAUGAAUUCCACAAAAGACAACUUCUACAUUUAAACACAACGUGUAUAUAAAUAUGUCCAGCAUGAGAAAGUUUUCAACAGAAGCUACUGGAAUGUUAAAAAGAGACAAAAGGAUGUGGGUCUGAGAAAGCAUAUGAAGUAUAAUAUUGCUGUACAUGAACUUCUUCAAACAGCAGUUGUUCUGUGACAUAAAUCAUGGCAUUAAAAAUAGUUUCUGGAUGUUUA